UUGUACCGGUGUUCAUACAUGUGUAUGUGCAUGAGUUUGCAUCUCACAAUUUAAUUCAGAAAGCGAAACAUAGAACAAAAUAGAGAAGUAGCAAUUGCAUUUUGUUAAUUUUAUUGCGUAUUAAUUGGCGAAAAGCAAUUGCCGUCAGAAAAAAAGUAAAACUGAAUUUGAAGUGUUCGUUGGUAGUCGUUUUAAUAUACAUAUUCGUAUAUUUUUGUUUUGUAAGAAAUCAAAGCAAAUAAAUGCAAAGACGUUCAGCAUUUAAACGCUAAAAAGCUAGUCCAACCGAAUGAAAAUUGCGUGAUUUCCAGCGAAAGAUCAUAAAUAUAAAUUUUGGAGAAUAUAUUCACUAAUUAGGCGACGACGUGUAGAAGCAAAGGAAAUCGAAGAGAUUGAUAGUAAAAGUGCAACUGCUAAGAUAGCGCUCGGAAUAAAAAUAAGAAAAACGGUGAAGAAGCAACGGUGAGAAUGAGUUCCUACACGCACGCGGAUCCCAUAGCGCUCAGCUUUAAUGAGACAUGUUUGCGUAUGAGCGAUGUACAAUUACUACAAGGUCCACAUUGGUUGAAUGACCAAAUACUAUCAUUCUAUUAUGAAUACCUGGAAAAAAUUAAAUAUAAAAACAAUCCUGAUUUAUUAUUUGUGGCACCAGAAGUUACACAAUGCAUGAAGCUAAUGGACGAUGGUGAAUUGGAAACAUUACUAAACCAAUUGGAAGCAACACGCAAGCCUUUUAUAUUCUUUGCGCUUAACGAUAAUGAAUCAACACAAGCUGGUGGUACCCAUUGGUCGCUGUUGGUAUUUUCACAACCUGAGAAAACGUUCUUCCAUUUUGAUUCUUGGGGCAACAACAACUCAACAGCAUCACAUCAAUUCGUCCAACGAAUAAAAGAUGCCUUGAAUUGUCGCCAAUGCCAUAUGAAACCAAUACGUUGCUUGCAACAAGCAAAUGGUUACGAUUGUGGCAUACAUGUUAUCUGCAUGACAGAUAACAUUGCAGAUUAUGUGAAUCGGUAUGAAUGUGUGGAAGGAGUGGGACCAUUGCAUAAGGAUAUAAUAAGCGCGAAAAGAUCAGAACUUCUGAAAUUGAUACAAUCUUUGGGGGGAAAGGUUUAAAAACAAAAAAAAAAAUACUAAAUAUAUCGAUAUCGUAAAGAAAACGAAUAAGGAUUUUACUGCGCAGACAUUUUCUGAGGGUUUGGAAGAUUAAUGGCUGUUGAAGAAAAUGAGGAUAUUUUUGACGAGCAGAAAGUCUUUUUUAUUUUUUUUUAUUAGGAAAGCACAGGGAUAGCUUUAGAAAUAGAAACAAAAAUGAUUAUAAGAAAUUAAUAUCUGCAGUGACACUAAGCGUUUGUGUGUUUUACUUGCUUAGUUAUUAUUUGUUUCAUAAGAAAUCGCUUUACGAUACUUGAAACGUUCAUUGAAAAGAAAGAAUUAGUAGUUUUGAGAAAUGUAAGUUUUUUUUUUUAUAACUAAAUAUUUUUAUUUGAUUACUUGAAAAUAAAAUGAAAAUCCUUUUGAGAAGGUAACGAAUAAUAAA